UCGCCCUUUGUCAGUGAGAUAAUACCGCUGCUGGCUGCUGCAAGUUCCCCCAAUGCAGCACACAAGAAGAAGCAGAAAAAUUAAACACAAUUUCAUCUUUUAGUGGUUUCUUUCUUUUGCAAUUUUGGUUUCUGUGAUUUAUUACUUUGCGUUGUGUAUUGAUCCGUGGCAUCAGUCGCGACGCGUGGAUCUUCGUUGUUGUUAGAGUGAUAAACUUUUUUUUUGUAUGUAGUUCAUUGUGUUUUAUCGUGUCGUGAUUGUGAGUGGAGGAAAAUUUCAAAGUAUGAUCGAACUGUAGCCGUCCAUCAAGAAAACAAGCAAACGCGCACCCCAAAACUGGGAAGCCUUCGAGAGUAAACAAAAUUUGUGAUAAGUCGGCAUGUAUCCAAAGCCCGAAGUAAACACUCAUCGCAGACGAACAUUAUAGCUUGCCGCACUAUUUGAGAGCACUCAAGAAACGACGUGCAACGGCGGGAACUAUUCCGUGCGAAACACAAAUGUGCGGAGAUAAGUUAGGGGUGUGAUAAGUGAUAACUCGGACAGGCUGUCCGCGGAAGAAUAAUCAUCAAUCGUCAACUGGACAAUGCCGGUGACAACAGCAGCACAAACAGCUACAGAAAGGCUAAGGUACAUCCCUUUGUCGUCCGCGUCGUCGUUUUCGCUCUCACCGAAAGCGUCGUCACUUCCCGCUGGCAUCAGUCAUAGCAGCAGUAGCAGCAGCAUCAUCUGCUGGGGUACCAUUUUCAGUGCCUUCCAAACCGUGAGUCGCGAUCAAACGCGCCUGGAAUCGGAAGAAAAAUUUGAAAUCUGAUGUGUUGUGAAUAUUUGUUGGAGUGAAGUGUCAACAAAAGGAUUUUUCCCGGUGUAGCUGUUGUUGAAGCAAUUAUUGAAGAUUAAACCUCUGUAGUAACCAUACCUGCAAGAAAUGUGGGCUCCGGAUUCGGAGAUCAACUCGAUUGCCUUCACAACGAUGAGACACUCGGUCUCGGCGUCAUCUGGAAUUUCAUCCCUCUCCAGCUGUGGCGAUCCAGAUCGUUUGCCAGAGCUGCCGCCUGGGGAUGAACAGCGACUGCAGCGAGCCGCCCUCAACCUGCAGCAGAAGUUGAUCCUGCGGGAAUGGCUCAAGGAGCACCGGCUCCAGCACUUCUAUUCCAGACUGGUCUCCAUCGAGGUCUCAUCCCUGGAGGACGUCUACUGGCUGGAGGAUUCCCGAGCCAGUCAGAUACUGGGAAAAGAUUGGCCAGUGUGGUCCCAAGCGCGACAGAAACUUCCAACGUCCAAGUCAAAUCUGGAAGCUCUCAAGGCGGAUCUGUGGUCUACCGUGGUAAAAUCCAGUCAGCACCAAGACGCCUGGACAUGGGGCGGAAUGUUGGUGGUAUCGGUGUCCGUUGCUGGACUGGUAACGCUGGCAGCCAUGACACAGCCUUCACUAGCGCCAGAGGCGCGGCAUUCCUUGUUGCAAUAUGUGACCGGUAAAUAUCUACUUCCGGCCAACUGUAAAGUGCACUGGGACUGGCAGGAUCCAGCAGUGGUCGGAGGAACCAUGUGCUUCUCGGUGCGAUUCUACCAGCGAAACGGUCAGACGUAUCCCAUCUGCGAUACGGAUCAGUUCUUCGUAGAGGUAACAGAGGGGACCCGCAAAAUUAUCACUCUCAGUGAACUCGGCUCGCCGACCGAUCCGAACAGCGGAAACAUCGCUAAGGUCAAGUUUACCGUACGCACAGCUGGUCAGUACAAGAUAUCGGUUUUGAUCGGCCAAAGCCAUAUCGCAGGCAGUCCGUUUUUGAAAACCUUCAUUCCUGGACCGAUGGAUGCUCGCCGAUCGCGACUUAUUCGACCUGCGAGUACGGUUGUGUGCUGCGCCGGGGCCCCGACAUCCCUACACAUUGAACCACGUGACGAACACGGAAACAUAUGUCAAUUCACAGCGGAGUGUGAUCCUGUCAAGGGCUAUCAAAUUGACAUUACUGAUUUGUACGGCAAGCAGUGCGAUAAGUACUCCAACGCAAUCACCCUUUCCUACGACAAAGUUAAUGCGAGGAUAAGUCUGACUGCCCUGUUCCCGGCGCCGAUUUGUCUCCGGGCGGUCAUUAGUUAUGAGAACCAUCCAAUCCCGAAUGGGGACUUUGAUAUAAUCGUUUUAAGCAGCAGCGAUACAACGCUGGUGCAUAAAAAUAUUGCUUCUAGGAAGCACAAUAUUUGCUACGAGGCAAAACUGUUUGGUGUCUACGGUCAACAGCGUUGGACGAAACCAAGGAAAGUGUUAUGCUACGUGGGACCAAAACAGGUCACUAUCAAGGAGAUGAUCCUCAAGAUAAUACCCAAACGAAUCGCCACGUUUCGGUUGUGUCCUUCGACUAAGUUCCAAUUUCUGCCUCCGUCCAACAUCCAAAUCAACAACAACCACGGAGCGAUCUUCAUCAUCGACGAUGGCUGCCAACCUAAGAUCGAGUUAGCUUCGAAGGAGCGCAACGUGAUCGCGGCCACAUUCACACACUUCCUGCUGAAAAACAUCGGUGGAUCCGAGACGUUCAAAGACAAGCAAGACUUUUUCUACCACGAAGUGAGACUCGUACGAAAGUUCCAUUCCAACUAUUACCACGAGAAGAUCUCGCUGAAGGUGCAACGGGACAAAAUCCUGGAGUCGAGCAUGAAGGCCACCAAGCAUUUCUCCGUGUCCGAUUGGUGCGGAAACUUCGAAGUCACGUUCCAAGGAGAGCAGGGUAUCGAUUGGGGUGGUCUUCGAAGGGAAUGGUUUGAACUCAUCUGCAGUGCCCUGUUCGACGCACGGGGUGGCCUGUUCUGUACAUUCCAUGACAAAAGACAAGCCCUGGUUCACCCGAAUCCAAACCGGCCGCCACAUUUGAAGCUGAAGCACUUUGAGUUCGCCGGCAAAGUGGUUGGAAAGUGUCUUUACGAGAGUGCCCUCGGAGGAACCUAUCGGCAACUGGUUCGGGCGCGAUUCUCCCGCUCGUUUCUAGCGCAGCUGAUCGGCCUGCGGGUACAUUACAAGUACUUUGAGCAGGACGAUCCGGACCUUUAUCUCUCGAAGAUAAAGUACAUCCUCGAUACGGAUUUGGACACCAGUGAAAAUUUGGAGCUGUACUUUGUAGAGGAAAUUUAUGACACGAGUGGUCAGCUGCUGAAGACCGUAGAGCUCAUUCCUAACGGGUCCAAAACGAGAGUAACGAACGCGACAAAAAGUCAGUAUUUGGAUGCCUUGGCGCAACAGCGGCUAUGUAAUAACGUCCGGGAAGAGAUCGAUAGCUUCUUGAAGGGACUUAACGGAAUCAUUCCGGACAAUUUAUUGAGCAUUUUCGAUGAGAAUGAGUUGGAGCUUUUGUUGUGUGGCACCGGAGAGUACUCAAUCGCAGAUUUUCGAGCUAAUCAUAUUGUGAACGGAGGAUCACCCGAGUUCCGACGAGUUCUGGGGUGGUUUUGGGCCGCUGUAGGAAACUUCUCGCAAACUGAAAUGGCACGGUUGUUGCAGUUUACCACAGGAUGUUCUCAACUGCCACCGGGUGGUUUUCAGGAACUCAAUCCAAGAUUUCAGCUCACCGCGGCUCCAACGUUUGGGAAUUUGCCCACAGCGCACACAUGCUUUAAUCAACUCUGCCUGCCGGACUACGAGUGCUACGAGCAGUUCGAAAGGGCUUUGAUGUUCGCCAUCAGCGAAGGCACCGAAGGGUUUGGAAUGGUUUAGGCACAACUAAUUAAAAAAACAGCUUGUGGAGAUUCUAGAAGACCAAAAACAGACAACAACAAAACUUCAAUUCUGCUAUUUUGAAGCAGUUCAUACAAUAUAAAUUUGGACAUCCAAAACAAAACUCCUUUUAAACUUUCGACUUAACAAUUCAGUGAAAAGAAUCAGUUUACCGUCUACGAUAUUUUUGGAAACUGAUCAUUUCAAAGUUAGUGCAUAUAUAGAUUGCAAAAUUAGCAUUUUCGCUUUGAAGUCGAGUUAAUUACGUACGAACCCCCCUUCCCUUUCGAAUCGGCGGAUUAUUCGAUUUAUACCUUUAUGAUAUUAUCAGGGCGACGAAACAUAGGUUUUUAAUGUUCGGCUGGUUGAGUCCCACACACGUUUGGUUGGCAACAUCCGAUCCGAUAGGUGCCAAAACAGAAGGAAUAUGAAUAUCCACUAGCAGAUUAAAUUAAGUUUCCAAAAUCGAAAAGGCGCGCGAAGUAGUUUUCUUCUGGGCUUGGGAUUUUUUACGAUUAGUGCCAAACAAAAAAAAACAUGGAAAGAAACAAGUCGCCACCACUUUUCCAAAUCAUUAUAACUAGAACACACGUUUAUAUUAGCGAUGAAAGUAGAAGGAAAGGUAAAAAAAAUGAAACUAAAAACGCGAUAACAUUCGAGAUCUCAUUCAAAUUUGAAAAAUGCGCCUUAACACUCAAAAUACUAGAAAUUUGGGAGUGUAUUAUUUGAUAACAAAACAAAAUCGAUAAAAAAGACACAAUUUACAGGCAAAGGCACAAAGACGAAAGGUGGAAGCGAAAUAAGAAAACAUGUGAUUUGUAGAUGAUUAAGCGUUAGUAUUAACAAAUCUCAUCAAAUUCUCACUCGAAACGUAUCAACCAUUUUCUAAAAACCCAUUAAACUGGAAGCUUAUUCUCUAUCGUUCAAAUUUUUGUGGAAUCGGCUAUCUACACGAGGAAGACACAAAGCAACUUGAGUAAGACGUAAAAAAACACAACGAGGAAACAAAAAUAUAAGAAGAAAAAAAACUAUUCAUUCCAUUCCAAUGGGAAGUAGUACUCUUAGAGAUAAUUUCUUUGACAGUGAAUUUGAAAUAGAAGUAAUCAAAUCCUAAGCGCUAAUAACUAAUAACUAGAAUCUGAACACAACAAACUCUGAUUCUGUGAUAUUUCAAGAAGAAGAAAAGAACAUUUGAGAACAUUAUCGAUUGUACGUCGUUUGGAUAUAAUUAUUUUGCGCGUUUCUAGCAAUACUCUCACCAUUUACUAUGUUCCGUUUGACAUUUACGUCAGAGCUUUUACAUCCUCUUUUUAGCUCGUAGGGUUGCAUUAAUGAAAGUAGGCGUCAGAUAUAAGUACAUAUGUUAUCAUGAUUACUGUUAUUAGGUUAGUCGCAGCGAGGAAGAGAACGUAGAGAUGGACGAAACGCUAAACCAUUUGUGCCAUAUUAAAUAUUUGCCCUAGCCGUUUCGAAACCUUAGCAUUUUCGCCCAUUCGAGAAGUGUAGAGAAUUACUGAUACCAACACCGUGCUCUUCGUCGUUAUUAUUCCUGAUUUCUAGUUGCUGCUGUGCAAUAUCCGCAAAUUCAAAGCAUCGGAUAUCAAUCAUAAUCUAUAGCCAAAUCUUUAUUCCUCGAGCCUAUCCAGUAUUAACCCAAACGUGAUUCAAACGUUCGCAUUUGUUACCACGGGUUUGAAUUUCGACACUCAUGUUUGGAUAAAUCAUAUCAAAUCAGAGUGGCUGAACCGCGGAAAUGAUUUAAGAAUAUUCAGAUUUCAUUUGGAUCUUUUCACCGAGGAAGACGCGAAUAAUCACAAACCCUCAUGUAUGUUCAAACACACGGUACAGUAGAAUUGGACAAGUUGCUGUGGUUGCGUUCAUCAUAGACUCAGAAUGAACUAAGCUGUUCUCUCUCUACACUAUUAAUAAUCAUCGGCAAGUAACGCAAACCUGCUUCUCUUCUAAUCGGUUUUUAAUCCUGUUUCGGGGAUAGCAAUUUAGCUAACUAUAGUCGACCCAAUUGUUCUGAAGAGUAAAACCGAAAAUAAACCAAGUAUUCGUAAGUUAAAAACAAUUUAUAAACAUUUGUUUAGGGAACAACAUUCUGACAGCAGUGCAUAUAAAAUAUUCCACUGAAGAAACAAUUCUUUAAAUACCAAUGAAAAAACCAAACAAUUAAACAUCCAAUAAUUAUUCCUCAGU